GAGAAAGGUUUAUCUUCAAUGUUAUAGUGUUUUUUUUAUUUAUUUAUUUUACAUUUACCAUUGAUACAUCAACUACCCAUAUAUAAUCAUAAAAAAAAAUAAAAUAAAAAAUCAUUCUACAAUUAUGGUUAUACAACAUAAAAGUCCAGUCCUCAUAUUUUAUUGAACAAGCGGCAUUCAAAAGUGUGGAUAUUUUGUAUAACAACACUGGGAUAUUUCACGGUUUCUUUUUGUCACCUCCAAUUAGGUCUACAAAUAAAAUUGUAUUUUGUGAAUCUUUAGGUGUGUCCCAAUUUGCAUACUUACGCACUAUUCUAUGUCAUUGUUUAGUAUAAAUAGUGUGAAUAGCAUGUUUACACUGAAAAUUCCAAAAAUAAAAAAGUACACUUUAAAUAUCCAGAUGAUGCACUUGAAAAACCAAAGUGUGUGAUGUUGGACACUUCAUGCAGUCAACUGCUGCAGCUUUAUCAAUGUACCAGAGGGGGCGGGACUAUCAGGAUCUGAUGUUGAAUGACAAAAUAACCCUAUAUAAUUCAUACGCUAGACGCUUGAGUACAUGGUGCAUAGUAUAAAAUCAUAGUGUAUAGCAAUAUAAUUUAUACCAAGCUCAGCUCAUAACUAUAACAUUAGGGUGCAGUGGAAGCAUGACAGAAAUCAAUUGCAAAUAUGGUGAACAAUAAACGUGUGUGCAACAGUCUGACUCCAGUCCUAACAUUCAUAAAGAAAUUGAUAAAAAUCUAAAGUUUAAUUAUGAUAAAAAAAAAAAAAAAAAAAAAGUUAACCUCCAAAUCAAACUCCUGUGUUAUUCGGCCCAAAUUAGAACCACCAAAUUGGCAAAUUACUUGUCAAUCAACAAUUAUAAGAAAGCCAAAUCCUUUCAAAAUAUCGACUCAGCAACCAUGACUUAGAAAUAGAGAACGGAAGACAGAAACAAUCCUGGAUUCCUAGAGAACAGCGAUUAUGCAAACACUGUGACCUGAAUCAAAUAGAGGAUGAGAAACACUUUCUUCUUGUCUGCCCCAAAUACACCACUACAAGGCAAAUAUUCUUUUCACAAUUUGAAGUACUGAAUUGUUCUUUUUUUUUUCUUUGGAUGACUCCGUGAAAUACGCUAUAUACUCGGAGAGAAUUACAUCGCAGUCAAACUAGCUGCAAAAUAUGUAUGGUUAAUUCAUUAUAUCCAUUUGCUUCAUUUGGUUGUGGUUGAGGAGAUCCCCCCCCCUUUCAUGUAAAGCGCUUUGAGUACCCAGAAAAGAGCUAUAAAAAUGUAACGUAUUAUUAUUAUUAUUAUUUAUUUGACAUUCUUCAUUGUAUAUAAUUGUAAUUCUUAUUAUUAAUAUUAGAAAUACUGUCUGCUGUUGUUAUUUUUAUUUUAUUGUAUUUAUCUAUUUAUUUUCUCUCAUUUAUUACUCAUUUAUUGUCUCAUUUUUUACUUUGAUGGUGUAAUCAUAUUCUGUAUUUUAAACAUCUAAAAUGCUUUGGCAAUACUGUAACACAUAUGUCAUGCCAAUAAAGCAACUUGAACUUGAACUAAAUAAAAAUAAAACUAUAUAAACUGACAAAUGUAUUCUGCUUGGUUUAAAUACUUUCUUAUAUUGUUGUGUUUAUAUGCCUGCAACUGCCUGACAAUUGUUUUGGCCUUUUGAAAUUUAAUUAAUUAAUUAACUAGUCAAAAAAAAAAAAAAAAAAAUCCAAUUUUAGUUUGGAAUCAAUUGCCUAUACAGGGAUAGGCUACUAUUGUAAAACAAGACAAAGGAUUUUGUGAUUCACAGUCAGUGAACAAUACAAGAAUUCUGGUAAUAAUUUUGCAAUAUCCAAUAGCAUAGAAGUCAUUGAAUAAUAAUAAUAAUAAUAAUUUUAAUUAUUUUCUUUAAGUUCAAAAUUGUGACAGAAAUUCCAGUAGGAAUCAUGUUAAAGUUCCAUUAUUGUGACUAGAGAUAAAAUAAAAAUAAAAAAAGUGGAAAUGAAUGCCUGUUUCCUGUAUUUUAACCCAAUUUUUGUCUUUCAAUGAUUUAUAAUUCCCAUGUUUUUUUUUUUUUUAAGUGACACUGUCCUGCAGUUUUCGCGUUCACAGCCGCACUUACUGUGUUCAGUCAUCUCGACUGUUUUGCUGUUCACUGCAAAUAAUGUGGUGGGGGGAGUUUGAAGUGGCGAAAGCACCGGUGCAUUUCCACUGGCUGUGGAGAAGGGGAGGGUCUUUAUUACCCCAGACCGAGACUGAAUCAGUUCAUUACAGUUGGAGCCGGAGACAGACGCCACAUCUGCAGAAACAUUCGCGCAUCACGACACGCGACUGGAAAACAAGACACCGGCGGAUGUUUGCAGAGUAAUGAACGCAUCCUGACCGCAUUCACGACGCUAACGCGGUUAUAAUGUAAUAAUGAUGUCUAUUCCACUACUGUAGUGGUUCUUCCAUCUUCACAGGAGCCACAUUAUAGGCAAUCGCUGCUAAAAGGAUUUCUCUAACGGUCGCUGUUGAUGGAUGUACAAACGGAUAUGAUAUUGUAAACGUCCGUGAUAUUUUUUUUCUGAGGACUGAGGGGAGAUUCUGCGCACUGCAGUACGGCUACAUUCAGCAAUGCACGCGAUUGGACUGUGGAUGUGAUGGAUAUUGAGUGUUUGUCGGCAAACGAGAUCACAUUUGGGUGUUCAUUAAGAACAAAGUUUGCUUGCAUGAAAACAUCAGUUGAAUUAAUAGCGUUUGUGCAGUUGCUCAUCCAGUGUGACUGAGUGGUUCAACGCCACUCUAUCCUUCAGCAGAUGAGAAGCAACCAGUUCCUCCAACUUCAGUUGCCUGCAUUAGGGGAAAAAAAUGGUAUUUAUGGCAAAAAUCUCAAAACAUAUCGGAAUCAUCCCACAAAAAUAAUCACCCAGUCUGGAAUCGUAAUGAAAGUGCUGAGGAGAAAAAGAAUCGUGCUGUUUAUAGCGUAUUUUCUGCUGUUAGUUCUUACCAUGCUGAACUUGGCUAACUACAGGUGGACUAAAGAACCUCAACAGUGUAAUCUCCAGAUGAGAAGCACUCCAUAUCAGGGCAGGUCAGACAUUCAAUUCCUUUACAGACCAUCUCUUGCUAAGAAGAGACAGCUUGUCUAUGUUUUGACCACAUGGAGGUCUGGCUCAUCCUUUGGAGAGCUGUUUAAUCAACACCCAGAUGUUUUCUUUCUGUAUGAACCGAUGUGGCACAUCUGGCAAAAGCUGUACCCGGGUGAUGCUGUGUCCUUACAGGGGGCAGCAAGGGAUAUGCUAAGCUCGCUGUACCGCUGUGAUCUUUCAGUUUUUCAGCUGUACAACAGCCCUGGAGGCAAAAACUUCACCUCCCUUGGACUUUUUGGGGCCACACUUAAUAAAGUCAUCUGUUCGUAUCCUCUUUGCUCUGCUUAUAGGAAAGAAGUGGUUGGGAUGGUGGAUGACAAAGUGUGCAAAAAAUGUCCUCCACAAAGCCUCAGGCUCUUAGAGGAAGAAUGCCUUAAGUACAACACUAUAGUCAUAAAAGGGGUCCGGGUUCUGGACGUCAAUGUUUUGGCACCCCUUAUGGAGGAUCCGUCUCUGGAUCUCAAGGUGAUUCACCUUGUGCGAGAUCCCAGAGCCGUGGCCAACUCCAGGAUCAAAUCGAGGCAUGGGUUGAUUCGUGAGAACUUGCAGGUGGUCCGAAGCAGGGAUCCUAAACUGCGUCGGAUACCCUUUGUGGAUCCUGGCCACAAAAUUAGCAAAAAGGAUGGAGCAGAUUACCAUUCGGUUGGAGCUAUGGAGGUGAUAUGUGAUCGGACGUACAGAAGCCUGAGGACUGCCUUAAAUCCGCCCGGCUGGCUGAAAGGGAAAUACCUGGCAGUGCGCUAUGAGGAUCUGGUGGAAAACCCUGUCAAAACUCUCCGGAAUGUUUAUCAAUUUGCUAAUCUCAGUACCAACCUUGACAUUGAGUCUUUUGCUCUUAACAUGACGAAUGGCACAAGCUCUUCCUCAAAGCCAUUCAUUGUGUCUGCCAGAAAUGCCACACAGGCGGCCAGUGCAUGGAGAACAGUGUUGAGUAUUCAACAGAUAAAACAAGUGGAGGAGUACUGCCAUCAUGCAAUGGCCAUCCUGGGUUAUGAACGUGUGAGAACAGCUGGAGAAGCAAAAGACUUGAGUAAAUCUUUAUUGACUGCUUCCAAACUGUGACAGAGUUCCCUCCACAGAGACAGCUUUCAGAUUUGUUUGAUUAAAGUUGCAAAGUGCUUUUGAAGGAUUUUACAAUCUCUUUAUAUUGUACAAACCAAAUGUUGCAUUGCCCCUUUUUUUCCCCCAAAAUGGAUGCUUGGAUGUUUUUGAGUUUCAGUGUAUUUGCUGUAUGUAAAAUUGAGAAAUGAAAAUGGAAAAUGAGCAACACAAAUACUGAUCAAAAUUGUUAUACGGAGUGCAGGUAAUGCUGUUUCUUUUGAAUCAAUUUAAAGACAAUCAUUAAAGUUCACAGUCUCCACACACUUUAUGAAUGCCAGUGUUGUGUGUUAUGUAAAUAAAAACUUAAAGUAAUGCGUUGAAAAAUUUGUAAAGGCUUUAAUUUUACUGCUUAGUUCCUGCUGAAUUUGUCAAGAAAGCAUUUAAUUCCACUCAAGUCUGCUUUUAUCAUAAAUACGGGAACAUUACAAUUAUUACAUUGAAGUAAAAAAUAAAAAUAAAAAUCACUGCAAAAAUAGUUCAGAAAAGUGAAGGUAGUUCUGAGAAAAGAUCUAUAGCUGCAUUUAUUGGCUGAUUUGUUGUCACUUUGUUUGAUAUUGUGUAUGUACAGUAAACUCUACUAUGUACAGAAAAUUUGUCAAGUAUGAUCCACGCAUUUCAGCAUUGCUAAGAAGUUCGUUUUUUAAAUAUUUUUUUUUUUUAGCUCACGUGCAUUCUAUGGGACCUCUGCUUACAACCUCCAUGUCUUAUAUUGGUCAAAAAAUAUAAUAUUGAUCUGCUUUUACUAUUCAGAGAUAUGAAUGGGAGUGAGAGAACACCAAAGCUAUCAAACAUGAAUUCAAACAGGGUUUUACUGGUUUAUCAUUGAUUUGUAAAGUGUUAUACCAUAAACACUAUAUUCAGUAAAUUGGCUGAUAAUAUAACUACUGUGCAAAGGGUUAACCUAGGAACUGUAGUUACUGAGAAAACAUCAACCCUAAUUGUUAAAUUGUGGUGUCAAUCUGCAAAAUUGUUUUUGAUAGUAAAAAUCCAAAGCAACAAGUAAACAAUUAACCAGAAUGAGACAAUUGUCUUUCCAAUUUGACUGUGGAAUUAUGUGAAGUGUCAGAUUUUAUGCAGAUUUUAAUCAUUUCAUGCAAAUUGUUCCUUUAGCACCCUUUAGUGCAUGCUGGGAAGAAAACAAAUAAGACUAAAGCACCGAUUUCUCAGCCUAUUGUAAGAAAAACAAAACAAAACAACACAAAACAAAACAAAACAAAACAAAAAAACAUUAAUCCAGGGGCCUGUACCAUGAUGGCAGAUGAACAAAUUCAGAGUUAUAGGAUAAGUUUUGACUUGACAAAUGCAAACCACUCCAAUCUGGCUUUGUUGGUACCAUGAAGCUGAUCAUCAACUUUCUCUGUCAACUCAGGCUUGAUCCUGAGUUAAUGGAGCACGUGCACAUGAAUGUGUGACAUCAGUGGCGAACAGCCAAUCACAACACAGAUCAAGUGUGAUUCACUUCUCGCGAGAGAGUCAGCGAGAUACAAAACUCUUUUGUUAAAGGUUAAGAGAUUAAAGAAUAUGAGGAAUUUAAACGCAUUUCCACUGAAUUACUUGUCCAUGAAAGAGGACAAAUAAAGGAAAUUAUCUUGCUCUAUCAGUGCAGUCACAAGUGAAACUUGUAAAGUUAGUUUAUAUAGUUGAUAAUAUGUAACGAUAGAGACUCAAACAUGUAAGGUCACAUGUAGACAUUUUUAAAGUGUUAUCUAUUGAUUCUACCACUUAUUUAUAUUACAUAUGAUCUGUAUAUAUUAAUAUUCAUUUAAAAUAAAUGCUUUAUAAUAAUUGUUAAACUAAAAGUGCUUGUGUAAUGGAGUAAUAAUAAUAUAAAUCAUAUUAAAAUUAUAUAAAUCAUAUGUAAAUUGUAAUUAUCAUAUAAAGCCAGAUAGUGACCUUUAAUUUGUAGGAAGAGAAACUGGGGGAGUGACUUUUGUUUGUGUCAGACGUGUGUCACUUUGCUCACAUCCGAUUGGUCCAAUUUCAGUUUGCGAUCUCUAACUCAGAACAUAACCUGCCCCGGAGCAAGUUAGCUGUGCAGUGUAAGUUACUAUGGUAAUGAACGCAGCUAAAAGCCAAGCCACUUUCAUGGUACCUAAAACCCAGGAUUGGUGCAAACUAAACUGAAACUUACCUGGCUAGCCAGCUAAUCCGGCUUCAUGGUACAGGCCCCAGAUCAACUGCUAAAUGUUUUUAAUAACAACAACAAAAUCUAUAACAAUAAUGCUAAAUAUAUAAAUUUAAAAAAUCACUAGAAAUGUAA